AUGAACAACAAUAUUGUCAUUGCUAUCGUUCUUCUCGUGGCCCUCUUCGGCUGCGGCUGCGGGUGGCUUUACUCACUUCGCUGGCGGUCCGAAGUUCGCGAUCGGUUAUUUGAAGCAGAUGCCGCGGUGAGAAUACGGAGACUGGAGCGUGGAGCAACGCAACCACGACGGGCCAUAGAGGAAAGAUCUCGAGGACAACCACCUCCCUCUCGACCUCCCAAAGCCAAGGGUGGCCCGAAGAACAAGGGCAAGAAGGCCAAGGCUGGGGGUGGAAAGAAGCAGCAGUCGCCGAAACGAAAGCAAAGAUCACCACCGCAGGAAUGGUCUCCAGACAAUCAGCAGAAUGAACAAGAGAACAAAGAUACGGACAAUCAAGACUACGGCUCACAGGGAUGGGGCAGCUCGGGUGUCGCGGAGCAGCCUGAGGCCAAUCAGUCUACGGCGUCUACCACUACGGCAACUACUGUUGCUGAUGAUGGUGGCUGGGGAGGCGCGGACAAUGCGGCUGCAGAAUCGUCGGGACAAGCAAGUGGCAGUGAGAAUCGAGAUUCGACGGAGCAGCCGGCGAGUUCAACUGGGGGAUGGUCGGCGGAUGCGAACAGCAGCUCGGCGCAAGGCGAUUGGGAAUCCAGUGCGAGUGGAGGAAACACUGCGAGGGAAGCAAAGGGCUGGGACGCAGAGGGGAAACGGAACGACGAUCAUCCGGAGGCGGAACCCGAGUCGACCUGGUGA